UCAACGUUAGCUGGCUAGCUAGCCAUUGCAGUGCAUAGCAAGGGAUGUCUGAUGUGAAGACACUGGGUUGUGAGAAAUAAAUAGCAAGAAAAAAACGGACUGAGGAAAAAAAUGAGGGACAUCUUCAAGAUGGGGAAGGACCCAGCAAAACCAAGAGGAAAAAUGUCCUCUUAUGCCUAUUUUGUCCAGACCUGCAGAGAGGAACACAAGAAGAAACACCCUGACACGUCGGUUAACUUCUCAGAGUUCUCUAAAAAGUGCUCUGAGCGAUGGAAGACUAUGUCAGCCAAGGAAAAGGGCAAGUUUGAGGAGAUGGCCAGACUUGACAAGGCACGUUACGAGAGGGAGAUGAAGAACUACGUUCCUCCCAAAGGCGAGAAGAAGAAGAGGUUUAAGGACCCCAAUGCCCCCAAGAGACCCCCGUCGGCCUUUUUCAUUUUCUGUUCGGAAUAUCGGCCCAAGGUGAAGGAGGAGACCCCUGGUCUGUCUAUUGGAGAUGUGGCCAAGAAGCUUGGAGAGAUGUGGAAUAAGACCUCUGCUGAAGAGAAGCAGCCUUAUGAGAAGAAGGCAGCCAAGCUGAAGGAGAAAUAUGAGAAGGAUAUUGCAGCAUACCGAAAGGGAAAAGUUGUGGGGGGUGCUGCAAAAGCCCCAACCAAGCCAGACAAAGCCGAUGAUGAUGAUGAUGACGAUGACGACGAGGAAGACGAUGAUGAUGAGGAAGAGGAGGAGGAUGAUGAGUAAAAAUUGGUUACAGAGUAGAGCUUAGCUUCUUGUUUAUAAAGCAUUUAACCCCCCUGUACACACUUAUCUGAGGCCAUAAAAUGGGUAAAUAAGGAAAACUAAAGGAAAAAAAACAAUUAAGGCAGUGUAUAUCAUAUGGUUUUUAAGCUGUACAGUUUUUCUUUUUUCCCGUUUUUGUAUAGUAACACUACAAAAGUGUCAUCUGUGUUUGUUCGUAUUCCCCCAACUCUGAUUUAAUUUCUCCCCCUUUUUUUUCUUUCCUUCUUCUUCUUUAAUUUUUUUUUUUGUUGUUGUUUUUUGUUUGUAAUACCCCUUUAGGUAGUUCCUAAGCCACUGUCCUUGUCCAGUACAGUUUAAGGGGGUUGAAAAAAAAAUUGGCUUGGCGUUGAUGGAGUUUUAGAGGUGUGCAGCACACAACCUAGUUUAAUGUGAGGUUGUAGUUCAUAUCUUAAUGUAUUUCUUUUGUUUAUUUUUUUCACAUCACUAUCAUUAGUAAAUUGCCGUAUCAUACAGUUAUUUUACUGUACUUUGAAUACCACUGUAAUUGCCACAAUGAUUAAAAAAAGAAGAAAAAAUG